AUUCACGUGGUGCUUCCAAACAUCAUGGCGGCUGGUUUUAAAACCGCAGAGCCUCUUGAAUAUCACCGGAGCUUUCUGAAAGAAAACUGUCGUCCAGAUGGAAGGGAGUUGGGAGAGUUUAGACCCACGACGUUAAAUAUUAACUCCAUAUCUACAGCCGAUGGAUCAGCACUGGUGAAAAUUGGAAACACUACCGUGAUCUGUGGGAUAAAAGCUGAAUUGGCUGUGCCGCCAUCUGAGGCUCAGAAUAAAGGAUAUUUAGUCCCAAAUGUAGAUCUGCCCCCGCUGUGCUCGUCCAGAUUCAGAGCUGGUCCACCAGGAGAACAGGCACAGGCUGCCAGCCAGUUCAUCGCAGAUGUCAUCGAAAGUUCCGAUUUAAUAAAUUUGGAGGAACUGUGCAUUGAAAAAGCUAAGCUUUGUUGGGUGCUGUACUGUGAUAUUAUGUGUUUGGAUUACGAUGGGAACUUACUUGACGCCUGCAUCACAGUUCUGCUGGCAGCUUUAAAAACCGCACAACUCCCUGAAGUCACCAUAAACAAAGAGACAGAUCUAGCAGAAGUUGACAUUGAGAAGAAGAGGCGCUUGAAGAUCAACCGGCACCCAGUCGGCUCAUCGUUUGCAGUAUUUGAUGACUCCAUCAUUAUAGUUGACCCCACGGCGGAAGAGGAAAGCUUGUCUACAGCAUUAAUGACUGUGGUGACGGAUGAGGAGGAUAGACUCUGUGCAGUUCACAAACCAGGUGGGACAUCGUUAUCCGGCGAGAAGCUACAACACUGCAUAAACAGAGCCAUCACAAGAAACAAAGAGAUCAGAAAACUGCUGGACAAAGUCCACGAGAGCACGAAGACCAUGAAAUAAACACAGAAUCACAAUGUUUUGUUUUUUUUAUCUAAAAGUUGUAUUUUCACUGUCAAUAUAUACUUUCUUUUUUAUCACAAUAAAACUGCCGACAAAGACCAUUUACAAAAA